AUGAUCAGGACGGAGCUACUUGUGUUGCAGAUGACAAUGUCACAGAUAGCAUGGACUUGGGAGAAGGGGGAAAAAAAGAGAGAUCAUAGCGAUAAACGUGCAUCGCAUUGGAAUGACACGUUUUUUGAGAGCACAACAUUAGCAUCUCUCAGCUACAUUUAUCGACUAGGUCAUGCAGGAAAACCAUGCCAAAGUCCAAGCAAACCAUAUCUGCUUUGUGUAUGUGACAUCAACGGCAUCCACGACAUCAAGGUCUGCUUCUGUCAGUGUAGUGGACUCUACGAGGGCCUCACGUACCGCUGGCAACAACUUCUGCAUGUUGGUUGGUUCCCUGCAAGUACUGAUCGAGCACAGACCACCUUCACAUUUCAAGCUCUGGAAUUCUUUCACCAUCUCACUUUACAAGGAAAGAUGAAUCUCUACGACUUCUUUCAAGCUCUUCGGCAGAUUACCAACAAUUCUGGCACUCAUAAUCGCUACAAGCAAGUGGCACACGUCAUCCGCAUAUGGCGUCAUAUGAAGAUGUUGAAGAGAGCAGUGCGUGGUCAUGAUCCAGAUGGUGUUGAUGCCACACAAGAAGGAGAGCUCACCGUGGAGUGCCCAGCCUGUCCCCAUCCUGGUCACAAUCUACUGGAAGACUGGGAGCAUUUGACCGAUGUCCAUCUGUCACCGGGUUGGGCAUACUACGUGGAGGAAGUGUGCUAUCUCAAGCAUGUUGAGCAACAUGCUCACUUAGAGGAGGAGAAUACCUGCACUGCGGAGCACAAUGCAAUAAUCAAAGCAAAUCUUUGCAAGGAAGGCUACCUGGCAUCUGGAGUCAGUGCUGUGCUCUGUGCCCGCCAUGCAUUUGUCCACAAGAAGGGAGUCGGAGACCUUCAGAAAAGAGAAAAAUUCUGCAACAUCGACUAUCUCAUUCUAUCCACCCUCACAUCGCUUCAUGUGGGGCACACAUAUGGUGAGGGCAUCGAGUUGAGCUGGUCACACAUGAAUCCAAUUGCAAUGAGCGUACAGGAGAUGGGAACUGCGAUGCGUCAAGAGAUACUCGACGAUCAUUGGGGUGCAUGGAAUUGGGGAAAGAUAAUUAAUCUCAGCAAGCACAUGCAAAAUUCAUACAAGGAGGCAGUCUCAAUGCGCCAGAAGCACCGAGAUAUAUUCAACAGAUUUUCGAAUACAUUUGUACCAGCAGUAAUCAAGGAAUGGGAAGAUAUUCAUGAGGCUUGGCAGCAGAAUCACGAUCAUAAGCCUGACCCUUUCGAAGAGCCAACCUCCAUGUGGACGAUGAAUGCAGUCCACCUACAACUGGCACAAGAAGAUGCCGCUGAAGCUGCUCGUGGACAUGUAGCACCUCAUGAAGUGACUGCCAGUGUAUUCCUUCAGCUCAGCUUAGAGCUAGAAGGUCAAGUCCAUGUAUCACAGCUCAAGUCUAUCAGAAAAAGUGACGCCAUGCGUGCUGACUCUCAACAGAAACAGAAUGACAUUUACAUGCCCAUAGCGGCACAGCUACAAAUAGCAGAAGAGUCAGACUAUGCAGCUAACGAUAUGAAGCUAUGCUCCGAAGCAUUGCGCAAUCUUGUCAUGAAGGAGACACGGCUUCGCAUUGCUCAAGCUGAUGAUGCACUUGCAGAAAUUCGUCAGUUACGUCGUGUUCUCAUGGAGGUCCGUCAAUUUCGCAAGAUGAAUGUAUCCGGCACUGGACAAAAAGCAAAUACGAGAAUGCACAAGAUCCAGCAUGCGAUCUCCACCUAUUGUGUCGCUCAUGCUGCCCUCUCCGUACUUGAUCCUGGUGGUGACUGGUCAAAUCGCUUUCUUGUUCUGGAAGAGAAGCACAUCUCUGGACCAAGGUGUGAUGAUGAUAGAAUGGGAGAGGGCCAGUAUGAGCUAUCCUGGAUCUGUGAGGAGGUCUCGAAUACCAGUGAGUACAAUGAUAGCAUGCACGUCGAGUGGGCACAUACAAAGGCACAGGCAGAUAGAUGGGCUGAGGAGAAGCAACUCCUGGAGGAGGAGAUGUGGAAGGUGAGAUGGUGGUGUCAGCAUGCAGGUAAAUGCACUGAUGUCUCUCCAUCCCUGGCAUGUGGGCUUCAUGCCUAUGCUGAAAAAGAGGCUGCAAUCUUUCAAAAACUCUCCGUCAAGUUCAUGUCCAUGUGGCUGCCAUUGCUGCACAAGGCUGGCACAGUUCCAGAAUGGGCCAAGGAUUUUACAGAUGCAAUGUGCAAAUCUAUCAAAGAGAAAGGGUCUGAGGAUGAAGUUGAGGCUGAGUCUGACAUUCCUGAAGAUGAUUUGUAG